ACUAGUUGACUUGCAUUUUGCUAAGUUCACUUAUAGCCUUAUUUAAAAUUACUCUAUUUUACCAUUAAAAUCUUCUAAAUUUCUUAGAAAAUUUUUAAAUCUUAUGAUGUUAUAUAUUUUAUAUUAUGUUUAAUUUAAGUAGUUGUUGUAUUAGGGAGAUACCUGGAAGAUGAGGCGACGUUAGUUUCUUACCUGACUUCAGCAAUGACCCAACAUUACUCCACGCGGAAUUUUGUUCUAAUAAAUUUGGACUUCCUAGUCUUUUUCUUUCUUCAUUGCUACGAUGUUUCCUUGUUGAUACAUGCGUGGUGUGGACACGCACUGUAUUUACACAUACGCUGCUUUGACUCACAAGGGAAAUUUACUUUAAUUAAAGUCCUUUUUUUUUAACCUGGAAGAUAUGGUGACUGAGUCCAGUUGCAAAUUGAAUACUCUGUGUCUCACUUUUCUGCUUUGCUUAAUUAUGUUUUCCUCUCUCCUCCUCUCUUCGCACUGAAUUUUCUUCCUCUCUCUCUCUUCCUAUCAACCUGGUUCUACUCCUUCACAGACAACCCAAAUCAACUGUGCCAACGUACUCCGAUCCACCGUGGUCAACGUCAAAUAGAGAGAGCGCCGAUCUGUGAGCUUUGAUCUCCCAUCUCCGACAGAAAUUUUCUCCUAUCUGUGAGCACGUAAUUGCAAGUAGACCGCACCAGUGUUCUGUCUGUCACUUACAAACACUCCAUCCAGUGCUCUGCUUUCUUCUUCUCCAAUUUAUUUUCCUUUCAUGUGUUAAUUCUUACUAAGUUGAAUAAUUUUCUUAAUACAUAUCUUUAGUAUAUUUCCGAUAGCAAUUCUAUGGGCACAGAAAACGCCUCCUCCUCAUGUUUUCCUUCUUCUUCUACUUCUGCGCCUAGAUGGACAUACGAAUACUAUGUCUUUCUCAGUUUCAGAGGCUCUGACACCCGCAAAAAAUUUACAAGCCAUCUAUACGAAGCAUUGAAACGGAAUGGCAUAACCACUUUUAGAGACGAUGAAAGUCUCGAUCGAGGAGCAUUCAUUAAACCAGAACUCUUGAAAGCAAUAGAAGAAUCAAAGAUUGCUGUCGUUAUUUUCUCGAGAGACUAUGCUUCAUCGAGUUGGUGCUUGACUGAACUAGCAAAGAUCGUCGAGUGCAUGGACAAGAAGAAGCUAACAGUUCUGCCUGUUUUCCAUGAUGUGGAUCCUAGUGAUGUGCGCAAUCUGAGGGGGACUUUUGAGGAUGCCUUUGCAAAACAUCUCAUUGAUAACACUGAGAAUGUGCAAACUUGGAAAGAUGCUGUGUCAGAUGUUGCUGGUAUCUCUGGAUGGGAUUUACGGGAUGAGCCUGAAUCAACAGUUAUCGAAAAAAUCAUUCAAUGGAUAAAUUAUGAGUUGGAUCGUGAAGUCCCAAGUGUUUCUGAGCACCUUGUUGGAAUGGAAUCUCGUUCGCAGCAAAUGCUGGAUUUAUGUUUGCGUGAAAGGUUAGAUUGUGUCCGUUUUAUUGGGAUUUGUGGUAUAGGUGGAAUUGGCAAAACAACUCUUGCUCGAGAAAUUUAUAAUCAAAUUUUUCGUGACUUUGAAGCUAGCAGCUUUAUUUAUAAUAUUAGAGAAGAAUCUGAAAAUCAACGUCUAGUUUCUUUACAGAAACAACUUCUUUCUAAGAUUCUCAUGAGUACCCAAAAAAAUAUAUCGAAUGUUGAUGAGGGAAUCAAUGCUCUAGGGAAGCGAUUCCGCAAUAAGAAGGUUCUUAUCGUUCUUGAUGAUGUGAAUAAAGAAAAACAACUAAAAGCAUUAGCUGGGAAAGAUGAAUGGUUUGGUGUAGGGAGUAUAAUCAUUGUAACUAGUAGAGAUAGGCAUUUGUUGAGAAGGCAUGGAGUGAAACAUAUAUAUGAAGCUAAAGAGUUGAAUGAUGAUGAAGCUUUGAAACUUUUUAGUUGGAAGGCUUUCAAGAAACCUCAUCCUGAAGAAAAUUAUGUGGAUUUGUCUAAGCAUUUUGUGAGAUACGCUGGCGGUCUUCCUUUAGCUCUUGAAGAAUUAGGUUCUUCAUUGUUUGGUAGGAAACCUGAUGCAUGGAGAAGUGCUCUAGAUAAACUAGAAGCAAAACCUAAUAGACGCAAUAUGGAAAUACUUCAAAAUAAUUUAGAUGGGCUAGAUGAUACACAAAGAGAAUUGUUUUUAGAUAUUGCAUGUUUCUUUAAAGAAUGGGACAUACAUUGUGCAAGAAAUACUCUAGAAAGUUUAGGUCACUAUCCUGGCUACGAUAUUGAUGUUCUUUUGGAAAGAUCUCUCAUUACCAUUCUAUCAAAUGAAACUUUGUGGAUGCAUGAUUUGCUACAAAAAAUGGGUCAAGACAUAGUUCAUUGUGAAUCCCCUACAGAGCCUGGUAGGCGUAGUAGGUUAUGGUGUUAUAAGGAUGUCCUACAUGUAUUGAAAAAUAAUACUGGAACAAAGUUUGUUAAAGGUAUAGUCCUAGACACACCUGCGGAUAAAAUGGAACAGUUGAGUGCCAAAGCCUUCUCAAAGUUGAAAAAUUUGAGAUAUCUUAAAAUUCGUAAUGUCCAACUUCCACAAGGACUUAGUUAUUUUUCUAAUGAACUACGUGUAAUAGAUUGGCAUGAAUAUCCUUUGAAAUCCUUGCCGACCAGUUUCCAACCAAAUAACCUUGUUGAAUUAAGAAUGCAUUGUAGUGGCAUCAAGCAACUAUGGAAAGGAAAUAUGAUUUUAAAUGAGUUAAAACUCAUUGACUUGAGUGACUCUCAAAACUUGAUUGAGACCCCGGACCUUAGUGGAGCCCCAAAUCUUAAGCAACUGAUUCUUCGACGUUGUACAGGACUAUGUAAUAUACAUGCAUCUCUUGGUGAUCUCAAAAGGCUUAUUCUCUUGGAUUUGAAUAAAUGUAAAUGUCUUGAAAGCCUUCCUCACAAUAUCAGCUUUAAUGCUCUCGAAACUUUUAUUCUUUCUGGUUGUUCAAGACUAAAGAAGUUUCCAGAGGUUGUGGGAAAUAUAUUAUAUUUGUCAAAACUUUCUUUGAAGGAGACUGCUAUAAAAGACCUACCAUUUUCAGUGAAGCAUAUAAUUGGCCUUACUAAAUUGGAUCUAAGAGACUGCAAAAACCUUUCAAGUCUUCCUAGUGCUUCUUGUUUGAUGUCUCUAAAAAUUCUCAUUUUAUCUGGUUGCUCAAAACUUGUUGAACUGCCAGAGAAUAUAGGGGAAAUCAAAGGUAUGGAGGAGUUAGACGGUCGGCAAGAUGAUUUUUAUUACAAAGUCGUGAUUCCUGGAAGUGAAAUUCCAAAAUGGUUUAGCCACCAAAAUGUGGGGGCUUCAAUGAAUCUGCAAGUGCCCCCAAAUUUAUUGUGUAACAAAUUGAUGGGAAUAGCUGUGUGUGCUGUUUUUGUAUUCCGCCAGCAUCAUCCACUUCACCAACUUCAUUUUGAAGAUUAUGGACAUAUGAUAGGUACGCAUGACCUUUGGUGUUCCGUUGGUGGAUCUAGAAGAGAGGGCCUUAUUUUAUCCGAGGAAUUUGGAAAGAUUGAAUCGUAUCAGCUUUGUUUGAGAUAUUUUCCCUUUGCAUCCUUUGGAGAGGACUGGAAAGAAAUAUUGAAUAAAGUCAACGCUAAUGGAUUCAGCCAGAUUGAAGUUAAAUUUGAAGCUGAAGGUCCAGGCUUGGAGGUUACAAAAUGCGGGGCCCAACUAGUAUUCGAGCGAGACAUUGAAGACCUAAACCAAACUAAGGCUGGGCCUAGCAACUGCAUCAUCACUCCUUAUGAUGAGGAUGGUUUUGACGAUUCAUAA